AUGCUCCUGCGGGCGACGGAACAGCUUUCGCUUCGUGUCUGUUCACGGUGCCGCCAUGAUCUCGUACAGGCACAGCGAACGGGAACCAAAAUUUUCAUCCGGGCGCGAUCCUCACAGGGAGUCAAGACGGCAGUGCGAAGUGCGAACUCGAACCUCAGCAGAUCGUCAGUCUCUGGGGUAUACCCAGACACACCUCGUUACGCCAGGCCACCCAACCAUCCUAAACCUCGACUUCCUCAGGAAGGGGAGGAGAAGCGUCGUUUCACCCUCACGCCCGAGCAACUCCCCGACCACCUUGCUCAAGCGGUCAGGACAUGGGCGAAAAAGCCGCACGUAGCGCGAAGGCUUUGUGCCUUCGGCAUCGCUGAGAAGGACAUUGAGUCUUUGCUCACGUCUUAUACUGGUGCUAUAAGGGCGCAUGGAGUGUUGCAGGCACUCGAAUACGACGACGAGCAACUAACCCGUAUGGUGGAAGAUCUGACGCAUGCAGACAAUAACGGAAUGCUGGACAUAUACCUCACGAAGCUGCUUUUUGAAUGGGCACAUCAUUCUCGAGGCCGCGCAGAUCUCGAGACCGAGGUCUCCUCUGCGACACUCUCGAAGAUGUCGGAACUCUUCGAACUGUCUGACCUCUCGCAUCCCGCUGCGCUCUACCCGGAGACACGCAGAGCCCGCCCCCGUCGAGUCAUUAUGCACGUCGGCCCCACGAAUAGCGGCAAGACGCACAACGCGUUACGAGCUCUUGCUGCCGCGAAGAGUGGGAUAUACGCGGGUCCUCUGCGAUUGCUUGCGCACGAGAUUUGGGAGCGUCUGAACAAGGGUCAGAUCGUUCCUCUUGGGGUGGACCCUGACAAGGACGCGGAACCAGCCUUGGACAGCAACCUCGAUGCUGCCGAUGCCGUCCCGAUCAUUAGAAAAACCGGAAGAGAGCAGUACGCUAGAGCCUGCAACAUGCUCACAGGGGAGGAGCAAAAGAUCGUUCAGGAACACGGCGCGCUACUCAGUUGCACAGUGGAGAUGGUGCCGCUCAUGAGCGAAGUCGAUGUUGCUAUCAUUGACGAGAUCCAACUUAUUGCAGACCCGGAUCGCGGAGGUGCGUGGACCAACGCAGUGCUUGGCGUCAACGCGGCGGUGCUUCAUCUAUGUGGCGAGGAGAGGGCCGUCCCUCUCAUCGAGGCUCUUCUCCGUGACACUGGAGACGAGCUCGUCGUUAACCGAUACGAACGUUUGACGCCCUUACAUGUGGCCAAGGAGAGCCUUCACGGAGACCUGAGUCGUGUAGAGAAAGGCGAUUGUGUCGUCGCAUUUUCUCGCACUAAGAUCUUCGAACUAAAGAAAGUGAUCGAGAAACAGACGGGGAUGCGAUGCGCUGUUGCAUAUGGCAGAUUGCCACCGGAGAUCCGUAGCGAGCAGGCAGCGCUGUUCAACAAGCCGAACAAUGACUACAAUAUCCUAGUCGGCAGCGAUGCUAUUGGCAUGGGCCUCAAUUUGAAAAUCAAGCGCAUUAUUCUCGACUCUGUCCGCAAAUGGAAUGGAACAAGAGAGGUGCUGGCAUCAACUUCGCAGAUCAAACAAAUUGCUGGCCGUGCCGGACGCUUCGGAUUGCACGGAGAAGACGACUCUGGAGGCGUGGUUACAACGCUGCACGAGGGAGACUUGCAGGUUGUGCGUCGCGCACUGGAAGUUCCGAUGCAGCCAAUCAAAUACGCUCGCAUUACUUUGAACGCUGAUCUAUUUGGCGCUGUCGUCCAUGCCCUCCCGCAGGGGUCCGACUCGAAUGACGCUCUGGAUGUGUUUCAGUAUGUGUCGAAAGUUCAUCCGCAGUUUGCGAUUGAAGACGUCGCGAGAAUGAAGGACAAGGUGGAAUUCGUCAACGAUAUCAAGGACGGCGUGACUAUCCGUGACCGAGUUAUGCUUCAGUCUGCGCCGUUCCCGAUCAAAGAUGAGAGGGGUUCCGACAUAGUCAGAUCUAUUUUGAGGCUCUAUGAAGAUAAAUUACAAGUUGGCUUUCAAGAAGCUCUGGAGGACGCCGGCUUCUGGGAGCAAUUUGAAGAAAGCAUCGAGACAUUGGAGAGUUUGGAACCGAUACCGAAGGGCAUGCUCGGGGAGAUGCUUCAGUUCCUCGAGUCGAUACACAAGGUGCUCGUGACGUAUCUCUGGCUCAGCUACCGACAUCCGAUCGCCUUUAUCGAGCAAGAAGAGGCAUUCAAGUUGCGUGAUCGAACGGAGAAGGCCAUGGAGAGUUGUCUGCAUCGAUUGUCGGCUGUACGUGGCAAGAACAAAAUGAGCCGCCGGGCGGGGGAAGCAGCUGCCGAUGCACGCGAACCGAAGAUCGAAUACAUAUCUUCGCGGGACCUCAUGCAUCGAAGAACAACGAAGGCUCACGCUCACUCUCUCCGCACGAGUGCUAAUGCGGAGGAGGAGUCCGGCGAGGCCACAUCCCAGUCUGAACUUGAUGCGCGAUCGGCCACGUGA